AUAAUGAAGUUGGGCAAGCCACAUUGAGCUGUAUCCAUCAAUUUGGGGGGUGAAAAAAAUCUAAUGGCGGAGGAGGAACAACUGAGUAACUCAUUAGAGUUUACCCCAACAUGGGUUGUUGCUGUUGUCUGCUUUGUCAUUGUUCUCAUCUCUUUAUGUGCUGAGCGUUCACUUCAUAAGCUGGGAAAGUUCUUGCAUCGUGAGAAACAAGAUGCACUGUUUGAAGCCCUACAGAAAUUGAAAGAGGAACUGAUGCUUCUCGGCUUCAUUUCGCUUCUCUUAACUGUCUUUCAAAAUCUAAUAAGCAAAAUAUGCAUCCCAUCCCAUGUUGCGAACGACAUGCUUCCUUGCAAGAGGCCUACAUCUGAAGAUAGUCAUCAUGGACGCCGGCUUUUGUCUGAAGGCGGUUUGGGGCAUUGUGAGAAGGGAAAGGUUCAAAUGUUGUCAUUGGAAGCAUUACAUCACCUACACAUCUUCAUCUUUGUAUUAGCUGUAGUUCAUGUGGUGUUUUGUGUUACAACAAUGAUUUUAGGAGGAGCAAAGAUAAGUCAUUGGAAGCAAUGGGAGGAUUCCAUCAGGAGAGACAUUAAGGCAUCUCAAAACCUUCGAACAGAUGUUGACAAAACGCAAGCUAAGCAUCACCGCGAGUUCCUAGAAAAUGCAUCUGGAUAUUGGAAUAGAGUAGCAAUAGUGAGCUGGAUUUUAUCAUUUUUCAAACAAUUUUAUGGUUCAGUCACAAAAUCUGACUACAUUGCACUACGCCAAGGAUUCAUCAAGGAGCACUGUCCUAACAAUCCUACCUUCAAUUUCCACAAGUACAUGUUGAGAACACUUGAAGUUGAUUUCAGGAAAAUUGUUGGCAUUAGCUGGUACCUAUGGCUUUUCGUUGUGAUCUUUCUUCUAAUGAAUAUGGAUGGAUGGCACUCAUACUUUUGGUUAUCAUUUUUGCCAUUGAUUCUUUUGCUUCUUGUCGGCACGAAGUUAGAGCACAUAAUCACCCGCUUAGCUCAGGAAGUUGUGGAGAAGAAGGAAGAGGAUCAGGAAUCCCAGCAGAAAACAGGAAGAAAGAAAACAAAUGAUAAUGAAACUUUAAGAGUCAGGCCUUCAGAUGAACACUUCUGGUUUCACAAACCCGCUUUUGUCCUGAUCUUGAUCCACUUCAUUCUGUUUCAAAACUCAUUUGAGAUUGCUUUCUUCUUCUGGAUUUGGUGUACUUAUGGUUUUGACUCCUGCGUUAUGGAGAAAGUGGGCUUUGUCAUCCCUCGACUUUUCGUAGGUGUUAUUGUUCAAGUGCUCUGCAGUUACAGCACAUUACCUUUGUACACACUCGUUACUCAGAUGGGUAGCAUGUUCAAGGAAGGGAUGUUGGGCGAGCACGAGGGCACCAUAAAAGGAUGGAUAGAAGGAGUUAAAAGCGGACGUGAAAACAUGCAGAAUAAUUCUAGACGAACAGAGAUACAAAAAAUGGAUACAGAAUUAUCUGAGAUUGUUCAAAUUACAGAACAGGAAUCAGCCGAAAUAGUUCAAAUUGCAGAACAAUCAACUGCUGUUGAUGAAGAAGGAACCUCAAAAACAUAUAUGACUGAACUGAGUCAAAAAUCCAAGCCGCCUUUUUCAUCAUCCUAAUUUUUUUCUUACAGAUUAUGUGCAUAAGUGAGGAAUUGGUGGCAAUUAAGUGAUUAAAAAGAGCAGCUGCUUCAAUCUGUGUAGUUUUCACAAAUUCUUGAGUUUGUAUAUGAAAAUAAAAUCACAUAAUACUAUUCUAGCUU